AUGGCAUUGCUACAGCUAGUAGUACAGCUCCAACACUUCUCCACUCAAGGCGCAAACCCACGACCUUCCAACUCGGAAGGCUCAGGUUCGGAAAAGUCCAAGAGGGAAAGGAAAGCGCAACGAAGAAGAGCACGAGCUACGCAUCACGGCAACAAAGAAUGCCGAAAGUUACUGGAUAAUGACGAACUGAGAAAGAGUAUUGGACAUUUGGGUUUUUCCAGUUUGUCUUGUGCUUGGGCCGCUCUGGGAUUAGUCGCACCUGCUGAGCCGAGUACCUUGUUCAAAUCAACGGUUGAUGCAGACUGCAAAAAGAACCUGGAAGGCACGAAGAUUGCAGAUUUUGUGUCGCCAACCGUCUACACGUUCAAGGACAGCGACAACGAGUACGAGUAUGGGCUGGGUAUCUGCAACAACGUUGUGCCGGACUCUCGCAUAGUAGUGACGCAGACAGAGCUGCAGCAGGACGCCAAGAGAACGGUGUCCGUUGGCCGACUUAACGACACACAUCUUGUAAGCAGAGAUGAUUGUGCUGAACUGACUUACUACUAUGGUGAUGUGUACAAUAGGCACUGCAAGAAAACUCACCGCACCGCGCGCAUCAUGUUCGUGUGUGAUCCAUGUGCUGGCAAGGGAUAUCCCGAAGUGGUUGAAGAGUAUGCUACUGACUCGAGCACGACAGAGAAUCAGCACUGCUUCUAUCUGUUCGAGUGGGCCACCUCGAAUGUCUGUAACAAGGCUGCCGCUGGUCGACUCAUUGUCUGCAAGCCCACAGGCCUUGGAGCAGGCAGCAUCUUCUUGAUUGUGCUGCUGAGCGUGGGUGUUGCCUACGUUAUCCUCGGUUUUAUCUUCAACCGCUUUGUUCGCGGAGCUAAGGGCAAUGAGCAGUUUCCUAACUACUCGUUCUGGAUCACGUGUGGAGACCACAUUUCUGACGGCUGCGAUGUCUUGUGUCGGAGUAAGCCACCUUCCAUUCAAAUGAAAUCUAUACCAUCGGUUGGUCGUGGUGACCAUCAACUGGACCUAUCAGAAGAUGAGCUGGCGUAGUGCAAGCAGCUGUAUGAUGAUUCCUAUCUGUGUGCGUGUGUAUGUGCACGCUUGCCACCAAUACCACCAUCAUCGGCAACAUAUCACCACUAUCGCUUCUGCUGUUACAACCUUGCUGCAUCGCCUGUGUUUCGCCCAGCGCCACAUUGCCUGCUAGCUUAGUGGCUAUGCUAUGUUGGUGUUUGUUGUGGUCUUGUGCAAGUGCUUCACCGCCACCGCCACCACCACCAUGUGUGUGUGUGUGUGUGUGUGUGUGUGUGUGUGUGUGUGUGUGUGUGUGUGUGUGUGCGUGCAUGUGCGUGUGUGCGCGUGUGUGUGUGUGUGUGUGUGUGUGUGUGUGUGUGUGUGUGUGUGUGUGUAUAUAUCCGCCAUGCAAUUGCUCACCAUCUGCCGAGUGGUGACGUUGCACCGCCUAGCAGCAGGAUCAGCAGCAGCACCACUGGGCCAGGUGAUGGUGAACACCAGCUCAAUGCUGAGCUUUCAGCGCUUGCCCCCCCCACUGCUACUGGUAUCCACGCUAGUACUGCUGCUGUUGCUGUUGCUGCUGCCUUUGGUUUCAAUGGUGACUGCCGCCAUUGCUGCUGCUUCUGUUGCCGUUGAAGUUGUGAACGAUAUGAGCUUCAUCUUUUCUUUUUCUUUUUUUUCUUUUUAAAUCAUGCAAUAUUUAUAAAAAUGUGUUGAGUCAGUCAUGGUCACGCAUACAGCGUACAAUUAUAAUAAUUCAUCCGUUUCCAAGAAGUAUACAAUACAAUUAUGCCGGGCAAGGCUUUGUCCCCCUUUCGAGUAUCCUGCACGCCUGCUCCAUCUCCCGCCGUUGAUUGGUUGCCCGCUCCUGUGAAGGUCUCUGUCAUAGUCUACACCCUGUGUAGUAUGAAGGGAGACACAUUACUAGAUGUCUACUACUAGUCACUGCUAGCCACUGCUAGUGGUAGUCUGCUCACACUGCAUCCCGGUUGGGAGCAGGAGCAGGUGCAGCGUGUGAAUGUAUGUGACUUUUCUAAGUUUGCUUGACUUUACUUGGCGCAUUCGAACAGAAUUGCUGCACCCAGGCCUGCAGUCUGCUCGGAUCUUUUCCUCGUCUUUCCCGCUGCUUCUCUCGUUUAUUGGCCAAUUUUGUUUAGGAUACAAUGGCAUCACCCUGAUCCUCCCCCUGUCCGCUGGGUUGUGCCACGGCACAUUGCUGUACUGGCACAUUGCUGUACUGGCAUAUUGCUGUACUGGUACAUUGCUGUACUGGCACAUUGCUGUACUGGCACAUUGCUGUACAUGCACUGCUAUAUUGCUGUACUGGUUCGUUCUCUUCUUUUUUUCCUUUCUCUGACACCAGGCCAUGGAGGCAUCAUGUCACCACUGUCACUCGUUUUCAGAUACAAUGUAUGUGUAACUUAGUAUCCUAUACCCGGUAUCCAGUAACCGGAACAUACAGGCAGCCAUGUCUCAAAGUUUGUCUUUUCCUUUGUUUUGUUAGUUUUGAAGUGAAUACUUUAGGUUACCGGUACUUCUAUUGAAGUGCAAUAGUUUCCAGUGAAUAGUUACCAUGGCAACAGUGGCGUGAACUUACUGUUGUCUACGCUA